AUGUCUCUAGAUCACAUGGACUUCUUUUCCUUCCAUGCUUACAACGAUAUCAAUGUAUCGGGUGGUAGUCAUAACUUUGAAGGCUUCAACGAAGCACGUCUGGUUGCCUUCAUUGACAUGAUAGAGAACUAUUCUCAUAUAAAGAAAGGAAAGAAUGUUCCUUUAAUUAUCAGCGAGUUUGGCAGAGGCGGAGUUCAUGGAAUCAGUCAGGAAGCCCAUUCGGGAAUUGUAGAUUUUGGCACUUUGUACCUAGGAUUUGGACAAAUGUUUACUUAUCUGAACCUGAGAGAGUUUAUGGAAAGAGCAAUCGUUUUCCUUCUGGCCAAUGAGCAAUAUCCAGGUCAUAAUAGUCUCAACUGGUCCCUGUUCACGAAGGAUGGGCAUGAAACAGCACUUGCAAACUACUUCCGUUUCUUUCAAAAUCUGUACUACGAUCAGAAGUUUCUUAGAUUUGAAAGUGCGUACACGGGAGGGGAGAGAGUAGUUUCACCUCUUGCCCUCGCAAACCCAAAUAACAAAGAUGUUAUGGUACUCCUUUAUAACUACGGAAAGCAAUGGCAGAAUGUAAAGCUGGACUUCCACAACGGCUGGAUCCACCCAACAACAGGUGUGUCUACUUGCCUUCAGUACCAGAAUGGCAAACCUGUCAUGCACUGGAACGUCCACUUUGACACCAGCAAGAACAAUGGGAAAGUCGGUCUCCCAGGAGAGGGUGUCUGUUACUACAAGUUCGGCACCAACUACAACUUUGGAGGCGUCAAGACUAAUAGUGAAAAUACCUACUAUGGAAAGAAUAUGGUAAUCCCUAUUAGUAACGGACAUGCGCAAACCACAAUUCAGGUACCGGGAUCCGGCUUCCAUACUGCACGUCUUAGGAUCGGUGUAAGCAGAAGCAAGAGCGCAAACGGAAAACCCACUGUAACGUUUAAUGGGUAUACAUUGUCAUCCAACUACAACCUGUAUGAUUCAGACAAGAACAACGCCCCGACCAAGUGGGAAUUGUGGGAAUUCUCAGUGCCUGCAAAUAGAGUUCAUUCUUCCAAUACAAUCGGUAUGUCCCUGGGAGGAAAUGGAGGUCAUGUUAGCUCUGUCGCAUUGGUUGUUGGACACCUUCAAUAA